AUGUGGAGCUGGGUUUUCAUUGUGACAGUCCUGCUGUCCUCCAUGCGACAGGCUGAAGCUCAGGGCAGGUGUAAUAAUGUGCAAGCAGCAGAUAUUGUUUUCUUGGUUGAUGGGUCUUCCAGUAUUGGCAGAGCCAACUUCCUGCAGGUGAAGGGCUUUAUGGCUGGAAUUGUCAAGCCAUUUGCCAACUCUGUUGGCGAGUCAGGGAUACGGUUUGGGGCCAUACAAUACAGUGACACUUCCAGGGUUGAAUUCACCUUUUCUACGUACCUGAAUGGCACUGAGUUGGUCAACGCUGUACAGAAUCUGAACUAUAAGGGUGGAAAUACACGCACUGGUGCUGGACUCAAGUUUGUUGCUGAUAACUUCUUCAACCCUACGUCCAGUAGGAAUGUCCCAAAGAUCACCAUCCUGAUCACAGAUGGGAAGUCACAGGACAGUGUGCAGGAACCAGCACAGAAGCUGCGCAGUCAGGGAGUGCAUGUUUUUGCAGUUGGUAUAAAGAGUGCAGACAGAAAUGAAUUGGCUCAGAUCUCCUCCCAGCCCAGCAGUGAUUUUACUUCCUUUGUCGGGGACUUCAAAUUGCUGAACACCCUUCUUCCUCUUGUGAGCCCACGAGUGUGUUCUAAAGCAGGAGGAGUCUAUGCCAGCGAUGAAGCAUUUUCUGGUCCGUCCAACAUUCAGUUCACAGCCCAGACGUCUGACUCACUCAGAUUCCGCUGGAGUUCUGCAGGGGGGCCUGUGAGUGGCUAUGUAGUCCAGUACGUGCCACUCUCAGGCUUGGGUCAACCUAUCACAGCAGAACUGCAACAGGAAACUGUCUCUGCCAGUCAGAAGACCUUUACUGCUCGAGAGUUAAGGUCAGGAACCGACUAUCUGGUGACUAUCAUUGCUCAAUACCCCAACAGUGUGGGAGAAUCUGCCUCUGCCAAGCAACGAACCAGGUCCUUGCCAGGGGUCUCCAGUCUACGUCUGGUGCAGGCAGGCUUUUUCUCUCUCUCUGUUGGCUGGGAGCAGGCAUCAUCUCCUGUCCAGGGAUACAGACUUACCUAUGGACCACGAGGUCAGCCAGCAGCUCAACUGUUGGAGCAGUCUCUGUCUGCAGACUCCACAUCUGUCACCCUGGAGUCACUGCAGCCGGACACAGAGUAUGUCAUCAGCCUCUACCCCCUGUUCCCCCGAAACUCUGCGUCACCGUCCACCCUCAAUGCCCGCACAUUGCGCCUUGAGGCAGUGCAGCAGUUAUCAGUGGAGACAGCGUCAGAGGGCAGCGUCCAUGUGCGGUGGAGAGCAGUCACUGGCACGCGGGCCUACCGUCUUGUCUGGGGACCAUUCACUGGCCGAAAUGUUGAGACUGUUGAGGUUGCUGGUGACAGUCAGUUUCACACUUUGUCCGGACUUCAGCCAGACACUGAGUACAUCCUCACUAUCAUCCCGCUGUAUGAGGGCAACACAGAGGGCCCUGUAGCAACGGCAAGAUUCAAGAUAGAGCGUCAGGAGCAGCAGGUCCUCAGAGCAACUAUCACCGGACCCACCUCUAUCCGCCUCACCUGGAGAAUCAUUCAGUCCUCUCGGGGGUACCGGCUAGAGUGGAAGGCGGGUGAAGGAGGCCGUGCCCAGACUGUGUCGAUACCUAGAAGCACCAGCAGCUAUGAGCUAACAGGCCUUCAGCCCAACACAGAAUAUGUCAUCACCCUGUACACCCUGUUUGAAGGUCGUGAAGAGGCCACACCUGUGUCCACCACAUCCAGAGAGGAACAGCCAGUCGGGAGGGUGUCCAACCUGAGAGUGGUGGAGUCUCUGGGCAGCACUGUGAGACUCGGCUGGACUGGUGUUACUGGGGCUACACAAUACCGGAUCAUUAUCCUAAACACUGAGGCGGGGACAGAAAAAAUUCAGCUUAUUCCUGGGAACCAGACAACCCUUGACCUCAGAGACCUGACAGUGGGGGUGUCUUAUGGUGUGAGUGUCACAGCACUGGUGGGAGAAAAUCAAGGAGAACCAGUGACAGUCUACAUCAAACCAGAGCAAGGUGCUGGCAGAGUUAGUAACCUCAGAGUUACAAACGCAAACAGCCGGAGAAUUCGCAUUGCCUGGACAGGUGUUACUGGGGCAACAGGGUACAGGAUUACCUGGAGACAAGGCAACAAUGCGGAACAGUCUCGUCCUGUGGGUGCGGAUAUCUUGGCCUAUACCAUAGAUGGCCUACAACCAGAUCAGGUGCUGGUGAUUGGUGUUGCAGCAGUGGUUGAUCAACGUGUUGGAGAAGUGGUCACAAUUUCUUCCCGGACUAAUCCCCACACUGGAUCAGUGUCUGGCCUUCGCAUCAUUGAUGUCACAUCUCGGGCGAUACGCAUUUCAUGGUCACCGGCCUCCAGAGCGACUGGUUACAAGAUCACUUGGCGCCGUGAUGAUGGAGUUGAAACAACUCGGAACGUGGCUGCUGAUGCCUCCACCUUUACCAUUGAUGGACUACAAGCAGAUUCUGCCUACAGUGUUUCAGUUUCUGCGUUGAUUGGCUCUCGAGAAGGAAGUCCUGCUACCCUGACUAUCAGAACAGAAUCAGAUCAGUCUGUGGUCGGGACUGUGACAUCUCUGCAAGUCCAGGAAACCCGGGGAGAGGUUGUCCGAGUCACUUGGGUCGGUGUUCAGGGAGCAACGGCCUAUCGUGUGUCUUGGAGGAAAACAGAUGGUGGUGAGGAGAGGAGUCAGCUGGUGGGGGGAGAUGUGACAGCAGUGGAUUUAGACCGUCUGGACCCUGGAGCUCAGUAUGAGGUGCAGGUCAAGGCUUUAGUUCAGAACCGAGAGGGAACUCCUGUGUCUGUCAGAGUCACCACACCUGGUGCUACACUAGGUACCACAACCUUACAAGUGGCAGAGAUUACCCAGAGUUCUGUGCGGCUGGGCUGGGCUCCACUACGAGGUGCCACGGGUUAUGUUUUACGCUGGAGAGAAGAGAGAGACACUGGCCGAGGCCUGUCUGUCACACUCCCUGCCUCAUCCACCUCUUACCAGGUGACUGGGCUUCGUUUGGGCCGUCGAUACAGCUUUACUAUACAGCCCACCUAUGCAAGUGGACUAGGAACAGAAAACUCUGUUAAUGAACGCACUGUGUGUGUGGGCGGGCGUCUGGACGUGGUGUUCCUGGUGCCGGCAUCUACGGAUCGGAUUAACCUCGCAAGUCCUUUGCGUGCACUUCUAACAAGUGCAGCUGGGUCGCUCAACACUAUUGGAGCCCGCGACUCACAGAUGGGAGUUGUUGUGUAUGGUUACAGACCCAAAAUAUGGUUCCUGCUUAAUCGUCAUAGCAGGUCUGACACACUGCUUCAAGAGAUCCUGUCUACACCCUUUGAUGAAAGCCCGGGCAAUAACAUUGGCCAGGCGGUGACUCUCACCCAACAGUAUGUUCUUACCCCCUCAGCUGGACGAAGACCGAGGGUCCCUGGUGUUGUUGUCAUCAUUGCUGACAAAAAAUCUGCAGACAAUCUCACUCUUGCUGCCAGCAAUCUCAGAGCUGCAGGUGUGAGAGUGUUAGCAGUGGGUGUAGACCAGGCGGACACUGAGGAGCUGCGUAGAGUGUUGACGGAUGGCAACACCCAGAACAUCUUGUAUACACGUGAUGUAGCACAGUUGAACACACUACAUACCGGUCUGGCAGACCUUCUCUGUGGUAUUGCCAGAACACCAGAGACACCUACAGGUCCAGACCAGUGUAACGUUCAGUGCCCUCGGGGUGAAAAAGGAAGUAGUGGAGAGAAGGGUGAUAGUGGCAGAGAUGGUGCAGCGGGACGCAAAGGAGAGCCUGGGCGUGAUGGUUUGCCCGGGAGGGAUGGCCCCAGAGGACCUGAAGGGCGCGCAGGUCCACCAGGCCCAGCUGGACCUUUUGACCCCUCAGGGAGGGUCAAAGGUGAAAAAGGGGAGCGAGGUUUUCCUGGUAUUGAUGGGAGUCCGGGGUUGCCAGGACGACCAGGUUCUCCCGGUAAUGUAGGAGUCCCGGGUUCACAGGGGCUACCUGGUAUCAGAGGAGACCCAGGUGAAACAGGUGUAUCAGGGUCAUCAGGGUCAAAGGGCGAUAAAGGCGAAAGGGGUGAGCCAGGUUCAGCCAUAUCUGGAGGGGGCCUUCCAGGGAGGAAAGGAGAGUCAGGCAUCCCAGGAAUACCGGGUACCCCCGGUCGGCCAGGCAGUGACGGGACUAAAGGAGUUUCUGGAGCUCCAGGAUUGCCAGGUCAGGAUGGUCGCCCAGGAAUACCAGGAACACCAGGACUCUCUAUCAAGGGAGACAAGGGCAGUACAGGAGAGAGGGGACCUCCAGGAGUAGGCAGUGGGGUGGCUGUGAAGGGCGAGAGGGGCUCCCCAGGCAUUCCAGGACCUCCCGGGGAUCAGGGUCUUAGAGGGCUAGCAGGACCACAGGGCUCCAAAGGAGACAAGGGUGACAGUGGUAAUGGGCCACCCGGACCUGCAGGCAGGCAAGGAGAACCUGGGGACAGGGGUCCUCGUGGGUCUCCGGGAGAAAUUGGCAGCAAGGGUGACCGAGGACAGCCAGGUGAGCCUGGAUCACAGGGAGACAGGGGGGAGAGAGGACUGACUGGUGAAACUGGAGAGAGAGGGGACGCAGGGAAACCAGGCCUCGCAGGAACACCAGGGUUGAGAGGUUUACCAGGGCUCAGCGGAGUUGAAGGAGAAAAGGGAAACAAAGGUGAACGAGGGGAGCCCGCCAGAAGUGUUCCAGGUUCGGCAGGACAGAAAGGGGAGCGGGGGGAACGGGGCCUGUCUGGUCUUGAGGGGCAGAGGGGAGAAAAGGGAGAGCAAGGACAGAGAGGCGAGAAAGGGUCUUCAGGGUCAGGAGGGUCAGGCGUGCUUGGACCAAAAGGAGAUCCAGGAGAGCGAGGACUUGCUGGUAUCAAUGGAAAGCCGGGUGCCAAGGGCGACCCAGGUGAGCCAGGGGACAGAGGGGAGAAUGGACGACCAGGAAUCCCAGGAAAGCCCGGUCUUCCAGGAAAAGAGGGAGGGACAGGAGAGAAGGGUGACGAAGGCACUCCUGGGGAGUCUGGACUUCCAGGGAAGCCAGGAGAAAGAGGACUGAGGGGACUUGCCGGUCAGCCAGGACGACCAGGAGAGAAAGGAGACAUGGGAGAUCCAGGAGAGCAUGGACGAAAUGGCAGCCCUGGACCUGCGGGAGCAAGAGGAGAUAAAGGAGAACAGGGACCUCAAGGGCCUGCAGGACCACCAGGAAAAAUUUCUGACAUCUCAGCCCAGAUGAAAGGAGAGAGAGGAGAGAAGGGAGAUGCGGGCGACCCAGGAGAGCAUGGCGGCAAAGGUCAGAAAGGUGAAGCAGGGACUCCCGGAACCGCAGGCAUACGAGGUCCAGAGGGACAACGGGGGCCUGCAGGCACACGAGGUGACACAGGAGAAAGAGGAGUGCCUGGAGAGAAGGGAGAAAGGGGAGCAUCCGGGCUAGAUGGACGUCCUGGUCUGGAUGGUAAACUAGGUGCUUCUGGACCACCUGGUCAGAGGGGUGACCCUGGGAAACAGGGAGAUCCUGGGAGAGAUGGUUUACCAGGACUUAGAGGGGGGCAGGGACCCCCAGGGCCUGUUGGGCCUCCAGGCACUGCAGGAACACCUGGGAAAGCAGGUGAAGAUGGUAAAAUUGGGCCUCCUGGUAAAAUGGGUGAGGAUGGUGUGCCAGGUGAAGAUGGGAGAAAGGGUGACAAAGGAGAAACUGGAGCAGCUGGAAGAGAUGGCCGUGACGGGCUGAAAGGAGAUCGGGGCCCUGUUGGGCCUGCUGGCCCCUCUGGCCCUUCAGGACUUCGUGGAGCACCUGGCAGCAUUGGACCUCCUGGAGAGGUUCUGUACGUAAAAGGAGUUGAAGCGACACCAAUCCCAGGUCCACAGGGGCCUCCAGGAACCCCUGGUAUACCUGGGUUCCCGGGAGCUGUGGGUGGCAGAGGGGAGAGAGGUCUACCUGGUCUUAAAGGUGACGCUGGGGACCCAGGAGAGGACGGGGCACCAGGCAAACCUGGAACAGCAGUGGACGUACAGAGGGCUCUGGCCAGUCUUGGUGUCCAGGUGUCUGAUCUGAAGGUGGUUAUAGACAAGAAGGAUGUACCAGUGGCUCCUGUGCAGAAAGCAGAGAGAGGUGAAAAAGGAGACAGGGGUGAAUCCGGACCAAGAGGACCACCUGGUGUAGAUGGUGUUCGUGGUGUUCCAGGAGAGAGAGGAACAAAAGGGGAACAUGGGGAGCGAGGACCCAUGGGGGCGACUGGGCCUAUAGGACGAGCCAUUGGAGAGCGAGGACCAGAGGGUCCUUCAGGACCAGCUGGAGAGUCUGGCAAGCCAGGUAUACCAGGUGUUCCUGGGCGUGCUGGGGAACUCGGGGAGGCUGGAAGACCAGGAGAUAAGGGCGACAGGGGAGAGAAGGGUGACAAAGGAGAAGCUGGUAGAAUCGGACUAACAGGACCAGCCGGCCCACAAGGUCAAAAGGGAGCAUCUGCUGAAUCAGUACUGGUUGGUACACCUGGUGUCAGAGGCCCUCCUGGACUUACAGGACAGAAGGGAGAGCCCGGUGUUGCAGGACCACAGGGACCUAAAGGAGACCGAGGUUUUGCAGGGUCUCGUGGCGAUAAAGGAGACAGGGGGGAGUCUGGAGAUAAAGGACGGGAUGGCUCACAGGGAAUACCAGGAGAACCAGGUAAACCUGGUCAGGAUGGGAAACCGGGUCUGAUAGGACUUGCUGGUCCUCGAGGCCAACCAGGGAAUCCAGGAGAACCCGGCGUAAGAGGGCCAACUGGCCCCAUGGGUCCCAAUGGGCUUCCAGGUCCAUCAGGUGUGAAGGGUAAUCAAGGAGAGCCUGGUGUUGGCGUCCAGGGUCCUCCUGGUGCCCAAGGGAGCACAGGUCUACCAGGACCAUCAGGUCCUCCAGGAGCUGUUGGUCCACAGGGCCCUCCGGGACUGUCAGGGCAAGUGGGUGAAUCAGGUAAACCUGGGGUCCCUGGAAGAGAUGGGGUGCCUGGCAAAGAAGGAGUACAUGGAUUACCAGGGAAGCAGGGCAUUGCUGGACCUCCAGGGCUGCCAGGCUUAAAAGGGGAGCAGGGAGACAGCGGUCCUCCAGGGAAGGCUGUGGCUGGACCUCCUGGACCUAAAGGAGAGAGGGGUCUUUCCGGUCAAACACUGCCAGGUAUAACAGGCGAGAGAGGUCUAUCUGGUGAAAAGGGUGUAAGAGGAGACAAAGGUGGUGCUGGCAGCAAAGGAGAAAGAGGUGUGGAUGGUGAACCAGGAGAGCCCGGAGAAGAUGGGGCACAGGGACCUUCUGGGCCAAAAGGAGAUAAGGGAGAAAAGGGCAUAGGACUGGUGGGUCCUCCUGGUCGGGUUGGGCCUCCGGGUUUGAAGGGAGAUCUAGGCCAUCCCGGGCCAGCCGGUCCUCCUGGGCCACAGGGGAAGUCAGGUGAUAAUGGACAGCCCGGUGUGAGAGGAGAAACUGGACAAAUAGGACCUCCUGGACCACAGGGGGAGAGGGGUCUCCCAGGCUUUGCAGGUCGGCCAGGAAAUGUGGGAGCGCCUGGUUCUCCUGGACCUCUUGGAGAGGCAGGCUCUCCUGGUACCAACGGGGGCAAAGGAGACAAGGGGGAGGUUGGAGUGGGAGUUACAGGACCCAGGGGAGAGAGAGGAGAUCCAGGAUCCAGGGGCGAAGAGGGUCGCGCUGGCUUGGAUGGGGAGAGAGGACCAUCUGGUCCUCCAGGGAUUCGUGGUAUUCGGGGAGAGAAGGGAGACAUCGGGCUGCAAGGUGACAAAGGAGAGAAGGGGGACACUGUGCUGGUGGGAGGACCUGCUGGAGAAAAGGGCAACAAAGGAGAACAAGGGGACCGAGGGCCCAAAGGUGUGCAGGGAGAAAAAGGGGUGAAGGGUCAAGAGGGUCCUGCAGGGGAGCAGGGUCUGAGAGGAGAGCCAGGAGAAAGAGGAUCCACAGGCUUCCCUGGUGCCCGUGGCCCAGGUGGACAAAAGGGAGAAGCAGGCCAACCUGGAGUACCUGGUGAAAUGGGUUUACCAGGAAAAGAUGGCAUGCACGGGCUUCAGGGGACCAAGGGAGAGACUGGUAUUAUAGGAAUGAGAGGAAUCAAGGGUGACCGAGGACUCAAGGGCGCUUGUGGAGACAGUGGACCCAAAGGAGAGAAGGGGGAUGCUGGGAUUCAUGGGCGAUCAGGCCUACCGGGAAGAAAAGGUGAACAGGGUGAUGUUGGACCUCUUGGGGCUCCUGGGUCCUCAGGAAAAGAGGGACUAGUGGGUCCCAAGGGUGACCGUGGUUUUGACGGGGUGGCAGGACCCAAAGGAGCUCAGGGAGAGAAAGGUGAAAGGGGUCCACCUGGUGCACCCGGCCCUACGGGUCCUAGAGGUGUGGAUGGAGCCUCUGGCCUGACUGGCACUCAGGGACCGGCUGGUGCUAGAGGUCCUGAGGGGCUCCAAGGACAAAAGGGAGAACGAGGGCCGAUUGGUCCCGCCAUGAUUGGUCCACGCGGUAUCCCAGGGAUCCCGGGAGAGCGGGGGCAGCCGGGAGAGAUGGGCCCAGAUGGAGGCAAGGGUGACAGAGGAGAGCCAGGCAUGACGGAGGAUGAGGUCAGAGAUUACGUUCGCUCAGAGAUGAGUCAGCACUGUGCGUGUGGAGGUUUAGGCCCAGUCGUUCGGUCCAGGCCAACGGUCAGGGCUCGGCCUACACCAGAGCAUCAGCUGGUCGUGAAGGGUGAGGAGGGCCGUGAGGUGCGUGUGGUGGUGAACACAAACGACCCUGACUACGAGCACAUCUACUCCAUUGAGGCCUACGAUGACCCCAAUGAGGAGCUGCUCUACUUCAGACCUUCUGCCAACCAGAGUGAUGCUCCAGCAGACCUCUGUCUGCUGCCAAUGGAGGAGGGGAACUGUGGACGAUACACUCUGCGAUGGUACUUUAACAGUCAGGCUCAGGCCUGCAGGCCUUUUAUCUACAGCGGCUGUGAAGGAAACAGCAACCGUUUCCUCCACCUGGAAGAGUGUGAGGAGGCCUGCCUUGGGGAGGCCAAAGGUACUUUCUUCUUGAAGACAGCACGGUGAUUGUGGCCAUCUCCUCCUCAUCCACAGGAAUGUUUGCCUUUAUUUAGCUUUUAUAGAUCAUUAUUUUGUCUGAUGUCAAUGGUCAAGAUUUGUUAUUGUUUAUUUAUUGUUUCUUUAA